AUGACGCUCUUCGGCUACGACCAAGCCGUCUUUAGCGGCGUCAUCGUGACCCACGACUUCCUCGCCCUGCACGGCCUGGUCGGCCAGACCUCCAUGAUCGCGACUCUCAGCGCCAUAUACGCCGUCGGCUGCUUCCUCGGCGCCGUCGUCGCCUUCUCGGCCGGCGAGCGGCUCGGGCGCAAGAGGACCGUCCUCCUGGGAACGGCCGUCAUGUCGGCCGGCGCCGCCCUGUGCACGGCGUCGCACGGCCUGCCGCAGAUGUUCGUCGGCCGCGUCGUCACGGGCGUCGGCAACGGCGUCAACACGGCCACGGCGCCCGUCUGGCAGACCGAGACGUCGCGCGCGGCCUGGCGCGGCCGCCUCGUGCUGCUCGAGAUGGGCAUGAACAUCGUCGGCUUCUGCCUCUGCAACUGGGUAAACUACGCCAUGUCCUUCGCCGGCGGCUCCGUCGCCUGGCGCUUCCCGCUCUCGUUCCAGUUCGUCUUGAUCGCCGUCCUGUUCGCCACCGUCCCCUGGCUGCCCGAGUCGCCGCGCUGGCUCGCCGCGCACGGCCGCCACGCCGAGGCGCUGCAGAUCCUGGGCGCGCUCGAGGGGCGGGACGUUGACGAUCCGUCUGUCGAGGCGCUGCAUCGGGAGAUUGUGUUUUCGGUCGAGUACGAGCGCGAGCACGCUGUCCGCUGGAGGGACCUAGCAAGGGGCCGCGCCUCGGCUGCGGGCAACACCAAGACGAUCCGGAGGGUAUUGCUGGGAGCUGGAACACAACUGAUGCAGCAGUUUGGCGGCAUCAACAUCGCCUCGUAUUACAUGCCAACCGUCUUCAUAAACGCCGUCGGGCUGUCCGAAACCCUCGCGCGCCUCUUGUCCGCCGUAGCCGCGACUGUCUACAUGUUCUUCUCGCUCGGGGCCGUCACUCUGGUCGAGAAAUGGGGCCGACGCGGUUUGAUGAUGCUCUCCACCGCCGGCCAGCUCGUGUCCUUUCUCGCCAUCACCAUUCUCCUGCGGUUCGCCGAGCGCGGAGAGGAGGACGGCUCCGGGAGGGGGCCGGCAACUGCCUCUAUAUUCUUCUUCUUUUUCUACUACAUCUCCUUUGGCGUUGGGAUGCUCGGGGUGCCGUGGCUUUACCCGACCGAGAUCAACUCCCUCCCGAUGAGAACUAAAGGCGCCGCCUUUGCUACAUGCACGAACUGGAUUACAAACUUUGCCAUUGUCGAGAUUACGCCGAUAGGUAUAGAGAACAUUGGCUGGCGCUUCUGGAUCGUCUGGACAAUCUUCAACGCCGUCUUCCUGCCUGUCAUCUACUUCUUCUACCCCGAGACGUCCAACCGUAAGCUCGAGGACAUGGACGAGUACUUCCGCUCCGGCCCGCGUCUUAUUGUCACGGGCGACAAAGCCGCCAUCUGCACUGCGCGCCCAGUCCACUACAUCGAGCGCGAGGAGGAAGAGAUUCGACGGAGGGCUCGGGAUCACGGCAACCCCAGUCCUGUUGGCCUGGUGGAAGAUCUCCCGGAAGAGAAGAAGGGGUGAAGGACUGGUUGGUGUUGGCAAGCACCUAGUACUUGCACGGCCGCCACAAAGAAGGGACCGUCCCGCCCCUUCCCGGAAAUGGACACUUUGACUAGUAUCCCUUUCUUUGUUCCAGGACAACCAUUUCCCGCCUUCCAACCAUGGCGGUCCUGCCAUUGUCACCUUUGUCCAUUGUCACCGCACAAACAACUUGGACAUGGAGUCAGAGUACCUUUCAGAGCCCAGUCAAACAAAGAUGUGACAGGGCACUGUAAAGAUGACAUGGAGGUUUUGUUUGUGUCAACGUGACAGUAGUAUAUAUAUAAGGCGCCCACGCCGCAGCAAGAUCACCAAACAGCCCGUUCAACAGCACAGCCAGACCUACCACACGAACACCACCUCCAGCUCGAACAACACUUGCAAUACGCCAGAUCAAGCACCCAAGGUUCCUUGAAGAAACUACUGCAAGAUCAUCACAGGACUUUGGAAGUCGGCAAUCAUGUGUGUCUGGGAGAAAACCUACCAUGUCUGCGGCCACGCGGGCAAGAACAAGGUCAAGAGCGCCUGCGCCACGCCCAGAGCUUGCACAUCCUAUGUUGUUGACUCGUCGGAAUAUGUUCAGGUCUCAGGGGAUUGUUCGGCGUGCAUCAAGGCUGCGCAGACCCCGCGUGGACGCCGUGCCUAGAUCUCAUCUCCACGUGCACAGUUCCGAGCACUUGUCUCGGGCAGCGGCAUCUGAGAAACGACGGUUCGAAUCGGAAGACUGUCGCACACGGCUGACUUUCAGCAGAAGCCACUGAAUACCUGACAGUCAAUAUCUUUUGCUUUCCCUAGUCGAUCAAUACCAAAAAUCCCAAGAAACCCUAUCACAACCAA